CAGCUUGAAGUACGGGUACGCUCUGUAACUUCAACUGACAGCUGCAGGAGCAAAGAAAGCAAGUGGACACAGAUUCCGAAGUGAAACCGAAAACAUUGCAAAAAUGGCGUGGACCCCGAUGGAAAUCAACCCCGAGAUGCUGAACAAGGUGAGUAGCUAACGGUUAAACGUUUAGCAAUGGCGACGCAUUGGUAACUGUUUGAUUCAACUGUCAGGUAAGUUUUCGCUGGCUAGUUAAAACGGCAGUGAAAACGUAAACUCAGACGACCGUUAAAACGGCACCAAACCACCACGUCGCUAACGUCACAGUCGUUAAUACGAAGAUGAUACUGCUAUAAUGACUUGUAUCGGUAAUAAAGUGUCAGUUAAUAUCUAAAGGAUGCGACAACAGACAGAAGAAGCGUCUAUUUGGUUUUAAUUAGCGGCAGCAUCAUCCCCAGCGCUGUCCCCAGUGUCUAGGCUAAAGGGUGUGGUCUGCCUGGACCAGCACAACGCAGCAUCUUUGAACACUCUCAGAGGGUUUCAUUUAUGUAUGUCGUCUCUGAAACCUCAGCUGUUUUUCGACCAUUAAAAUCAUCGUGUUGUGUUUAUUUCCCUGGCUGCGUGUUCCAGAUGAUGAGCAAGCUAGGCGUGGGUGAGGACUGGCGCUUCGUUGAUGUGCUGGGGCUGGAGAGUGAGCAACUGUCCGCCGUCCCGAAACCAUGCUGUGCCUUGAUGCUGCUCUUCCCAUUGACACAACAGCAUGAGUCUUUCAGAAAGCAGCAGGCAGACAAGGUUACAGGAGGCUCUGAGGUUUAUUUCCUGAAGCAGACAGCAGUCAAUUCCUGUGGCACCAUCGCCCUGCUGCAUGCUGUGGCCAACAACCAAAGCAAACUGAAAUUUGAUAGUGACUCUGCCCUGAAGAAGUUUCUAGAGGAGACUACAAACAUGUCUCCUGAUGAGCGUGCCAAACAUCUGGAGAAGAACCAGGCAAUCUGUGAGGCUCACAAUGAUGUUGCAGCCCAGGGCCAGUGUAGGCCGGAAGCCGACAAAAUCAACUUCCACUUUAUUGCCUUUGUCAAUGCGGAUGGACAACUUUAUGAACUGGAUGGGAGAAUUAAUGGACCAGUGAAGCACGGAGCUACCAAAGACGAGUCAUUCAUUACGGAUGCAUCCAAAGUGUGCCGUGGCUUCAUGGAGAGAGAGCAAGGCGAGGUCCGCUUCUCUGCAGUGGCUCUCUGUCACAGUUAGAUGUUCAGUAGGACGCACAACCAAAUUGUAAACCAAAAUGUCCUGGAGCAUUCACAAGGCAAACACAGUCAUCAGGCACCCAGAACAACCUGUGAACACACACAUCUGCAGACACUAUGCACUAUAAAGCACAUAUUGUUGCCACAUACUGUACUUUCAUCUCAUGAACAAAGCAUUCUUUAGCACAUGUACACACAAAACACACUAUCAAACCCUUUUGUUCUGCUGACACUAACUGCUAUAAGCUUGUCCCAAACUUUUUUUGUGUGCUAUCAUUUAGCAAUGAGAAUUGUAAAACAUGAGGUCAGAUCUCACCACUGCUUGUGUGCAUAUGUGUAUUUGUCUUUUUCUGCAAGUUUUUUUUUUUUAUAU